AUGUAUCAAACUUUUGAUUUCAAUGAUAGCUUAGACCACAAAAAAGACUUGAAAUUCAAAGAAAUAGCCCAUUAUGCAAAAAAACCAGGAUCUACCAAGUGAUUUCAUGAUAAUUCUGGACUUCCUUAUUCAACGCUAAUGAGUCAUUAUAAGCCAACUCUUCCAACUACUCCUCAGACAAAAACUCAUAGAAAUUCUUCUUGAGAUUUACUAACUCCCCCCCUCCGUGAGUGAACAAAACCAUUAGAAAAAUCCCUAUUUUUUGCUCGAAAACCCACUCCGUGAGUGAACAAAAAUUUUUUAAUAGAAAAUUUUUUAUGGAAAAAAAAUUUGAUAUAUAAGUGAUAAUUAGUAUAAUGAUUCUGUUUAAUUUUAAACGAAUUGCGUUUUAAAACAUAAAUUUUAUAGAUUAAAUUAAUAUUUGCUUUCAAAUUUUUGCGAAUUAGGAUUUUUUUUUAAAUUUCGAGAAAAAAAAAUUUUUUCUAUAAAAUUUAUAUAUAAAUAUUUUUAAAAACAAAAAAUUAACCCCCCUCCGUAAACAAAAUUUUUUUGUUCACUCGCUAAUGGGGGAGUAAGCCCUACAAAUGCCAAUUUUACUCACAAUUAUUCACAAAUUAUAGAAAAUAAACUAAAAAUUAUUUUUUAUUCCAUUAAAAAUUUAUUUAUUUAUUUUAAAUUUUUUUAAAAACCAAAAAUAAACUAAAAGAUUCAAUCGGAAAAAGCCACCCAGAAAAUCAAAUGGGUCACUGUUAUAAAUUAACUCCAAAAGAGGCUAUAUUAAAGGUAGAAGACGCUUUAAAAUAUUUGAAAUUAAGGGAAAUUGGGUGCAGCAAACAAGAAGCUAUUACAUUUUGCAGCAGAGAUAGGUGCACUCAUUCAGUGCCUGAAUAUGAACUUCCUGCAAGAUUACGAACGAACCAUAGCUCAAGGACUUUAGUAAACCAAGAAAAUUCGAAAUAUAAGCUGUAUAAGUCAAGUAUGGAAGUGGAGUGUUUUGAUUCUGUAAAUAAAGCAAUUACUAAUUAUAAUUUAUAAAAGAGAAUGUGCUUAAAAGUCUUUUUAGCUAAUAAAAUAUUUAUUUGUAUUUAUAGGGAAUAUUUAAUUGCUCAUAGGUAUGAACCUGAACCUUAUAUGAAUUCGUAUAUAGAAGAAUGCCAUCAAGAUAAUCUAACUGAAUUAGCGAAAAAAGAAAAUAAUGAAAUAACUAUAUUGGAAACAGAAGAAUUUAUAGACGAGGCCAAUAAAUUGUACAAUUUUAAAUUGCCUUUUAGAACUCUGCUAGAAAAAAUUAUUAAUAAGAAUACCCUUGAAAAAAUAGAAAUUUCGCCUAAAAAUUCUACAGUAAAGAAUUUUGAUGAUUUUGCAUCGGAAAGGCCAUUAAUUAGGUUUUCCUCCAUAAUCACUCCAAAAAAGGAGCCUAAAAAGAGCAGCCCAGAAAAAAUGAGCUUUUCUCAAAUUCUUCAUCCGCAAACAAUCCCAAAGCAAACAGUUAAUGAGCAAACUGAUCAUAAUAUCCUUAUAAAAUCAGAAUCUUCCAAGUCUUAUGAAUUAAAAUUAAAACAAUCUCGACGUGAUUUUUUAUUAUAUUUAAGAUAAUUAUUAUUUAAAAAAAUUAAAAAAUAAUUAAAUUCCUAUUUAAUCCCUUUAGAAUAAACAUGAAAAAUCUCGAAGAAAAAAUAAAGCAAAAUAUAAUCAAUUCCAAAUAUGAACUUUAUGAAAAAAUUUGUAAAAAAGCUUCACAAAAUGAUGCAUUAAUUAGAAAAAAGCAAGAAAAAAAGCAGCAAAUUGAUGAAGAUAUGCAAAAACAAUUAGAAUUAAAAUUUGAAGAAAUUAAAGAGAAAAUGGAAAAAGCCAAGCAGGAAAGAUUAAAAUUAAAAGAAGGAAAAAAAAUAAAAGCAAAAGAAUACAAUAAAAAACAUGAUCAGAAAGUUGAGGAACUUAGGGUCAGCAAAUCUAUUGAUUUAGAAAAUAGGAUGAAAAUUAUGCUAAAAAGGCAGAAAUCGAAAUUUUAA